AUGACCAACGAAGAAAUGGAUGCUGCGCUCAUGCAGUUCGUCAAUGCGCUUGGCAUCUUCAUCACGGUCGGCCUUGUCGCGUUCCACUACAUCACGUCCACGGUCAAGGACGCCGAAGAGUAA